CUCGCCUGGUCGCUCACUCUCAAUGUCAAGUGAUUGUUGUCGGGCAAACUAAGGAUAUGCUUUUAAUAACAUGAUCUUACCGAGCACCCCCCUCCUAAGAGAUCGGUUUCCCCUCUUCAUCAUACUUUGGACGGCUGGUGACCUUCGACCUUCCACAGACGUCUUCCAUGCAUUACUGCUGGUGUCACCAAAACGUGCCUUGACCUUCAGACUCAGUCAGGAUCCAUCCCUGGAAGAGGACACUCCGCUGGAUGCUCAGGAAAUGGAAACAAACUAACCCUGAAUGAAGAAUCCUUCUCCUUCUCCCUACUUGCACUUUUCCUGAACUUCCUCACUGCCAGGAGAGCUGUAUAGAGCUGAACACAUUGGAUAGCUAAGUCAGCAACAUUGGAAGUCAUGCUGCUCUCUCUGCACUGGCUCCUGCUACUGUGGGGACUUCAAGGUCUCUGUGCACAGGACUAUGAUGAAGACUAUGAGGAAGAGGUGGUGACCACCAAGAAGAAGCUCAAAGUAAUUCCAUCCAAUUCCAUACCGCAGAAAUCACUCAUAGAUGAAGAUUGCAGUUUGGAGUUAGCCUUCCUGAUCGACAGCUCAGAGAGCGCCAAGGACAACCAUGCCCAGGAGAAGCGCUUCGCCUCCGACGUGAUGGACCGGCUGCAGAACAUGCGGCUGCAGACCGGCCGGGGCCUCAGCUCCCGGGCCGCUCUCCUUCAGUACAGCAGCCAUGUCAUCAUAGAGCAGACCUUCAAACAGUGGAGGGGCAUUGAAGACUUCAAGGCCCGAAUCACUCCCAUCGCGUACAUCGGUCACGGCACUUACACCACCUACGCCAUCACCAACCUCACCCGUAUUUACCUGGAGGAGUCGGGUCCCAGCAGCAUCAAGGUGGCAGUCCUGCUCUUCGACGGCAUCUCACACCCAAGGAACCCAGAUAUAUUUUCUGCCGUGGCUGAUGCCAAAAACCAGGGCGUGCGCUUCUUCACCAUCGGCAUCACACCUGAAGCCAACCAGCAGGCCAACAUAGCUCAGCUGCGGCUAAUCGCUAGCUCCCCAGCCUCCCGCUACCUUCACAACCUGCAGGAUCGAGGCAUUGUGGAUAAAUUCAUCAAGGAGAUUACGGCUCUGGCAGAUGAAGGGUGUCCUCUGGCCCAGAGCAAGUGCGCUUGUGACAAGGGUGAGAGGGGACCCAGCGGCCCAGCUGGCAAGAAGGGCCGUCCUGGAGAAGAUGGAAGCCCCGGCACGAAAGGACAGAAGGGUGAGGGUGGGCUCAGUGGACUUCCUGGUCGGGAAGGAUCGGAGGGAAAGUCUGGAUACAAAGGAGAGAAGGGAGAGAGGGGGGAGUGUGGCACUCCUGGAAUUAAGGGAGACAGAGGUCCUGAAGGUACACUUGGCCCAAGAGGAAAUCGUGGUCUUCAGGGUUCAGUUGGUCCACCUGGCGACAACGGGCCUGAAGGUCCAAUGGGUAAAAAAGGGGAGAGGGGACUUUCUGGGCCACCUGGAAUCCAAGGGGAAACUGGGAUCGGCCUUCCGGGACCCAAGGGGGAUGUCGGUUACCACGGGCCUACAGGGCCUCCUGGUCCUCAGGGAAUUGGCGAGCCUGGAUCACCGGGGCCUCAAGGGCCACAGGGAGUCCAAGGAGAAAGAGGACAGAUCGGAGAGGGUUUCCCUGGAGCAAAGGGCGAGCGAGGCUUGGACGGGCCGCGGGGGCUCAGAGGACAGCCGGGCGCUGGAAUCAAAGGAGGCAAGGGGGAUUUCGGCCCCCCGGGUCUUCCAGGGCCACUCGGCCUCCCAGGAGUUGGCAUACAGGGCGAGAAGGGUGUGGAAGGACCAAGGGGGCCAUCGGGGAGCAGAGGCCCCGCAGGAGAGGGCUUUCCUGGAUCCAAGGGGGACCAGGGUUUGCCGGGCGAGCUUGGUGCCACAGGAGAGAGAGGGGCCGGAGACCCUGGAGCGAAGGGGGAGCCGGGAUCUACAGGGCUGUCCGGUCUGCCGGGUCUGCCAGGGGAGGACGGAGCCCCGGGACAGAAGGGUGAGCCAGGACCCACAGGUUUCAGGGGGUUGGAGGGCGCCCCUGGAAUCGGCACCCAGGGUGAGAAGGGCGACCAAGGCCAGAGAGGAAUCCGGGGCCUGACUGGGCCCCCCGGCAUUGCUGGACCCUCAGGACCAAAGGGAGAACCAGGGGCGCAGGGCAGGGGGGGCUCACCUGGGCCCCCAGGACGCUUCAUCUCUGGGCCAAAGGGUGAUUUCGGCCCGAGUGGUCCUCCUGGUCCGAUUGGCGAGACUGGCUACGGACUUCCUGGUCCAAAGGGGGACCGCGGAGACUCGGGCCCUUCAGGUCCAUUCGGUCCCAAAGGAGACGGCUUUCCCGGGCCUGCGGGCCCUCCUGGUCUGCCUGGACUUCCUGGAGAACCCGGACAGGAAGGAGUGGGCAUCCCUGGAGCAAAGGGGGAUGUUGGUUUCCGAGGGUUGCCAGGUUUGCCAGGACCUCCAGGCGAAGGCCUCCAAGGACCUCCGGGUAACGCUGGGCGACUGGGUCCUUCAGGGCCAACCGGGCCACAAGGACAAGGAGUUCAGGGACCAAAGGGUGAACAGGGGUCCCAGGGUGUGACAGGACCGAGGGGGAUGCCUGGAGAAGGCUUUCCUGGAGCUAAAGGUGACCGUGGCUCUUCAGGGGAGAGGGGGCUGAAGGGAAUCAAAGGAGAGCUGGGAGACGCUGGAACCGCAGGGGAGCCUGGCCGCUCUGGUGUCAAAGGUGAAGCAGGCCUUACGAGAGACGACAUCAUUCGGAUGAUCAAAGAGAUCUGUGGAUGUGGAAUCAAGUGUAAGGAGAGGCCCAUGGAGCUGGUGUUCGUCAUCGACAGCUCAGAGAGCGUUGGCCCGGAAAACUAUGAGAUCAUCAAGGACUUUGUGGCGGCGCUGGUGGACCGCGUCACGGUCGGCCGCAACGCCACCAGGAUCGGGCUGGUGCUGUACAGCCUGGAGGUGAAGCUGGUGUUCAACCUUGCUCGCUACAACACCAAGCAGGAUAUCAAGCAGGCCAUCAGGAACAUCCCGUACAUGGGAGAGGGCACUUAUACCGGCACAGCCAUCCGUAAAGCCACCCAGGACGCCUUCUACAGUUCCCGUGCGGGAGUCAGCAAAGUGGCCAUCGUGAUCACUGACGGGCAGACGGACAAGCGGGAGCCGGUGAAGCUGGAUAUAGCCGUACGAGAAGCUCACGCCGCCAAUAUUGAGAUGUUCGCUCUGGGGAUUGUGAACACCUCGGACCCAACGCAGGUCGAAUUCAUGAGAGAGCUCAAUCUGAUCGCCUCUGACCCCGACACCGAGCACAUGUUCCUCAUUGACGACUUCAACACUCUGCCUGCGCUGGAAUCCAAGUUGGUCAGCCAGUUCUGUGAGGACGAGAAUGGAGCCCUGAUAUACAACAGAAUAACAAAUGGCUACAAUGGCCAUGGAAACAAUGGAUACAGGAAUGGCAACAACGGGAACUACGCCAUCGGGGGAUACGCGUUCAGGCCUGCUACUGAGCAGCAGGUUCUGAACGGCCGCAACACCGGCACCAACACUGGAGUCCGGGUGGACACCGUACAGCAGGGCAGCAAAGGAUCCAGCACAGGAGGAGGAGGGCAGUUUGUGUUGACUGGAAUCGAGCGUGGGGACACAUUUAACCGCAACACCUCAGAGAGAGAGGACUCCUCCAGUACAAGAGGCUCCUCAUCUUCAUCUUCUUCCUCAAGAAAAACCAUAUCAACCUCGAGUGUAUCCAUAGAGCACGUUAAGCCAGCUCUUCCCAAAGAGCGCGCACCGCUGGACCCCCGCUGCGGCCUGGUUCUGGACCAGGGCACGUGUCGAGACUAUAACAUCCGCUGGUACUACGAUAAGCAGGCCAACGCCUGCGCACAGUUCUGGUACGGAGGCUGCAACGGGAACAAGAACCGCUUCGACACGGAGGACGAGUGCAAAAGGACGUGUGUGAUCGUCUGAUAUCUGGAUGCUGAGUGAAGGCAUCUGCCAGACAUCUGCUGUAGGAGGGGCAGCUAACACCAGCUAUUUUUCAUAGGGUUAUGUCGUUUCUGCAUAAUCCACUUACACUGAUGUCCCUGUAACAAUUCUGUCUUUGUGUCUCCUCCUGUUUAAAUAAUAGUAGAAUCAUCUUCCUCUUAUUACAGUGAAAGAAAUCCCAUUUUCACAGAUACCUCCGUUGUUUUUAUCCCGGCAUCUAACGCAGGAGAUACUCCAGCGCUCCUACUCAGGAAUACAGAUGAGCUUUCACUGUGUGUGUUCUUUUUCCAGGGAUCCCCACUCCUCUCGGACAUGAUCAUGUUUGUGAGGGCUGCAAAGAUUGUGAAAAAAAUGACUGACCAGUAAAUCCUCUGGUACCUUGUCAGUGUCAGAAUCAGAAAUCAAUAUGUAGCCAUUUUUUAACUCAAAAGCAUCAACGCAGGUCCUUUUUAGUGCAUAAUCACAAGAGCCAAUAACACACAAAUGAAGCCUCUCAUUACUUAUCUCAAUAAAAUGUAUUUUGUCCUUUUAUAAGUAUAUAUAUAAAUGACUGAUGCUCUGUAACUUCAUGGAAUAACUGUGCAUUUGAAUGUGUUUUAUUUUUGGAAUUUAAAUGUGAUUUGUUUGUGUUUUUGAUACUUAUUACUGCUUAUAAUUGUCAAAGCAGUAAACUGAUGGACACACACACACACACAGACACACACACACUGCCCUCUACUGGGUAACACAUGCUCAUGUCAGUGCAGUGUUACUACAGUGCAUCAUACUCUCCCUGUACUUCCAUUGCUGUUUUGUCACUAUAUUACCCGUCUGUUCUGUAUGAAUCCAUUGUACCGUCACAUGGUCAACAUUUGAUGUCAAACAUUCUUAAUAAAUCUGAU